UCAGCAGUGAUCAGUUCAGCAGCAGCGGGAGCGGCGGGAAACUUGCAGCAGCAGAAACACACAAACUGAACCGGCAGCCACCUGCGAUGCUCCCGGAUGGCGCUCCGCUGUUAAAACUCCUCUUCCCUCCUUUUCUUCCUCCUCUUCUUCCUCCUCUUCUUCCUCCUCCUCGUCUCUUUCUCCCGCCGUCCCGGGGAAACGCCGCGCGCUUUCUUCUCCGAUGUGAGUUCGCCCGCGCGCAGUAGUUGGGCUCCGUGCGCGCCAUCAUGGCUUAUCCUCAGGGCUUCCUCUUCCAGCCGUCCGUGUCUCUGGCUCUGCACUCCUGCCCGUCCUUCGGUUCCGGGGUCAUCUUGGGCCCGCGGACCGAGGAGCUGGGCCGCUCCUCUUCGGGCUCUGCCUUCGCGCCGUACUCGGGACCAGCGACGUCUCCCGGAUUCAGCUCCCACCUCCCGUACGGCGGGGAGCCCCGGGCCGCCGCCACGCUCAGCUCCUUCGUGAGUCCAGGCUACGACCCGUCCUCAGGCAUCUCCAGCUCCUUGGACUUCCACCCGUUUGGGGGCCUGGGGCCCUACCCGUACGGAGACCCCGCCUACAGGAAGAACGCCACGCGGGACGCCACGGCCACGCUGAAAGCCUGGCUCAACGAGCACCGCAAGAACCCGUACCCCACCAAGGGGGAGAAGAUCAUGCUGGCCAUCAUCACCAAGAUGACCCUGACUCAGGUGUCCACCUGGUUCGCCAACGCCCGCCGGCGGCUGAAGAAGGAGAACAAGAUGACCUGGACGCCCAGGAACCGCAGCGAGGACGAGGAGGACGAAGACAACAUCGACCUGGAGCGCAACGACGAGGACGAGGAGCCAAUGAAGACGAGCAACGACGAGGUCGAGACGAAGAGCGAGGCCGCGGGCCGUGGCCCCCCCUCGGUGUUGGACCCCUGCGGGGCGCCGUACAGGGACGACAGCGACACUGACCGAGGCUUCACUGACUCCAACUUUAAGGAGUCGGGGGACCGGAGGCCGCCCCUCCUCCCGGGCCCCACCUCUCCCCAAACCGCCCCACUGGGGCUGCUCGGAGCGUCGGAGGUGGAGCGCACCUCGAGCCCCCCCUCCAAGGAGCGCGGGGACUCCUGCAGCUCCAUCCAUGGGCCGAGCCCGGCCCCUAAACCCAAACUGUGGUCCCUGGCUGAGAUCGCCACGUCCUCGGACAAAUCUAAAGGAUGUAAUGACUCCUCACAGAGCGGGGGGGCGGGACAGCAGGCCACGGCCCCCCCCAGCUCCACGCCACGGACCCCGUUCCCCCACAGCUCCGCCCUGCCCCGACACCUCUACUACACUUCCCCCUUCCUCCCCGGAUACUCCAACUACGGCCCCCUGGGGCCCCUGCACGGCCCCCCCUCACAUCUGAACGGAUUACAGCAGACGAUGCUGCAGCGAGCCGAGGCCGCCGCCAGAGACUGCAAGCUGCACCAGCUGAAGAAGGCAAUGACCAACGCGUAGAGAGCCGCGCCCUUUAAACUCUUUAUUUAUUGGACUGGGGGGGGGGGGGUCGAUCAAUGGGUCGAUCAAUGACAGACUUUUAUCUAGAAACACAAAUCUUCAAUUUGACUGUUUUUCUAUGUUGAUAAGAUGAAAGUUUGUAACAUCAACAAUCAUUAAAGAUAGUUUUAUUAAAACUGAUCAC